CUCCUUUCUCUCCCAACACCAACGGCAAGGACGCAAGAAGCGCUCGCGACCUCUCCUCCUUGCUCUCACUCCCCUCAACAGCAUCAUCGUCGCUCUGCAUCACUCUUUCCUGGCCAUUUCUUGAUUCAUCACAUACCACGGCCAGCUCGAAUCCUUCCCUGCCCUUCUGCGCAUGAUUGUCACGCCGCGAGUCUCUCAUACCAUCCCUCGCUCUCACAAUGACAUCGACGGCUGCGUCCAACGUCUAUGAUCCAAGCCGGGAUGGGUCGUAUAGCAACGAUGGCGGCGGAAGCAGCAGCAGAUAUCAAGGCGGCGCUCAUCCACCCCCUCGUUCACGGCAGGCCAGCAUGGGACCCCCGCAAAUGUACUCCCAGUCAAACACUUCGGCGCCGGGCUUCGAUCGCCAAGGGUCGUCGAGUCAGGGUCCACCAUUAGCAGACGACUUCAUGGCUAGGUCCUUCGACCAGAUGAACCUCGGUGGGCCCCAAAAUGUAGGAUCAUCGCCAGGCAUGGGUCCCGUCCACUACAGAGCUCGUUCACCAGGAGCAGCGAGUGCUCGAUCCAGCUCAGCAGCAGGACAAGCCGGCAGCGCUGCGCCUGGCUUCGGUAGUGCUUCAGGUAGCGUAGAUCGUGCCAACGCCCUCUAUGCUCAGCAGGAGAUGUACCAGUCGGCUGCAGAGGUCAAAGACGAGAACAGUCUUGCCGCCAUUGCCGACGAGAUUGACCAGACGGCGGCCGACAUCAGACAAGGUGGAGCUUCCACACCUGCACCACCGCAAGAUCCCAACUCUUGGCAGUGGGCUGGCAAUGGCGGCGGAGGGGCGAAUCCCAAUGCGAACGGCGGCGGUUGGGAAUGGCAGCAGCAUCAACAGCAUCAGCAUCCUACAGCUUGGCAGCAACAGCAGGCGUAUCAGCAGGGCAUGUGGCAGCAGCAGCAGGGUCAGUGGGGCGGUCAGGCGGGCUCGCAAGAUGGCCACUACUAUCAGCAGCAGCAGCAGGGUGGAGGAGAUCAAGGCUACUACGAGCAAGGCGCAUACGAUGCUCAGUCGAACCCUUACUAUGCCGCUGCUGCCGGGUACGGCAUGGACUACCCUGGCCAGCCGCAGCAGCACGGCCAGCAGACACCUCCCUCUCUUUCUCGCCAUCAGAGCGGGGCAUCGCAUCAUCUCGGCAUGACGCCCAUGACUCCUGGUCCUGGCCCGCAGCCCGGCCUCUUCCGACAGGGAACAACAAUGUCUGUUGGCUCCAAUCACUCCGGCGGGCCAGUCUCCGGCGGACGUCGUCGCAGUAGCAAGGACGUGGGGCUGCCUCAGCAGACACUCCCGUACAGCAAGGACUUUGUCAACGAGUAUCGGGCGAGGAUGAAAGCAGACCCAGAUCCCGAGGAGCAAUUCCGCUUCGCUCGCUACCUCAUCGAAGCCGCGAAAAAGAUCCAAGACCCCAAGGAUGGCCCGAAGCAAGCGCGCAAAUACCGGGACGCCCUUCUUUCAGAGUCGCUCAAACUGAUCAAGCGCCUCGCCACAACAGGCAUGGGGUUAGGCAAGCCCCCUUACGCCGAGGCCCAGUUCUUCCUGGCCAACUGCUUUGGCAACGGAUCACUCGGCCUGCAGGUGGACCACGAGAAGGCCUACAACUUGUACGUCCAGGCCAGCAAGCAGAACCACCCUGCUGCGACCUAUAGGACGGCAGUGUGUAACGAGGUGGGAGCUGGGACGAGACGCGACCAUCAUCGGGCCGUACUCUUCUACCGCAAGGCCAGCGCACUGGGAGAUACGGCGGGGAUGUACAAGUUGGGCAUGAUCUUGCUCAAUGGACUGCUCGGACAGCCGCGCAACGUGCGCGAAGCCAUCGUCUGGCUGAAGCGUGCCGCAGGGCAAGCAGACGAGGACAACCCGCAUGCGCUGCACGAGUUGGGUCUGCUCCACGAGAAGCAGAAUACCGUCGUACCGCACGACGAGGCGUAUGCGCGGGAACUCUUUACUCAGGCGGCGCAGCUUGGCUAUGCGCCUUCGCAGUUCAAGCUGGGCAGUGCAUACGAGUAUGGCGCCCUCACCUGCCCGGUGGACCCGAGGCGAUCCAUCGCUUGGUAUACCAAGGCCGCAGGACGCAACGAUGGCGAGUCCGAACUGGCGUUGAGCGGAUGGUAUCUCACUGGCUCGGAGGGUGUACUCAAGCAAAGCGACGCCGAGGCAUAUCUCUGGGCACGUAGAGCAGCGGCCAAGGGUAUUCCCAAGGCAGAGUAUGCUGUGGGGUACUACAGCGAGGUGGGCAUCGGCGUCAAGGCGGAUCUGGAUGAGGCGAAGCGGUGGUACAUGCGGAGUGCGGCGCAGGGGAACAAGAGAGCGAUGCAGCGAUUGACGGAGCUCAAGAAGAUGGGAGCCAAGCCUGCUAAGAGGCCAGCGAGGGCUACGAGGGGGGACGCUGAAAAGGAGUGCGUGGUGAUGUAG